CGCUGUUUGCUGUUUGUUUGAAUAUUGUUAUAGUUCAAAUGCUUUUAUUUCUAUGUUGUGACUUAGUAUUUUUAUAAGUUAUAAGUAUUACUAAACCGUUACCGUGUCUCAACGUUCAAAUAUUUCUGAAAAAAUUGUUUGUUUGAACAUGGCAUCGUCGGUUGAACGAAAAGACGAUGGAGUCUUCCAGCUCCUUACAGAACUAUGCGCUAAAACAGCAUCCAAGUAUGCUAAUCACAGCAUAAUAUCUGGGAAGCAUUUGGUAGCUAAGAUGAGGUCACAUUCAUAUGGAAUUAUUCUGGGGAAAAGCAGUAAAAAGGUGCCCGACACAAAGGUUGAACCUGUGUCCGAAUUGUGGUCAUAUUAUUUUAUUAGUAAGCAAAAUGUGAAGAAUAUCGCAGAGCACAAAAGAGCGGUAGAGCUGAAAAACGUUAUUAGUAAAAUGAGGAAUACUGAUUUUGGAGAUGAGCAAGAAAAUGUAACAAGAAUAUUAAAAUGCCUCAUUUGCUUAAAGAAUUCUGUAAAUGUAGAAUUUUCCCAGGAAAUUUACAAGAACCCAUUCACAUUUGGUACUUUUGAUGAGAUGCUUCCCAAACUCCCGCGAGAAUCCUUUGGAUCUCCAGACCCAUACCAUUACUACCCAUCUCAUGUGUUUGAGCUGCCCUUUUCUUUGAAGAGCCAAGGAAAUGUGUUGUAUGAGCAAAAGUCUGAAGAAUAUACAGUGGAGAAUUAUGGCUCCUCAUCAUUCAUACUAGGUCGGUCUAACACUCAAACCGGUGGGCAGAUCAAGAAGUUUGUGAGUCCUAUAUCCAUCCAAUCCAUCACGUCUAUCGACUUUUCACCGUAUCCUGCUAGCAACAUAUUCAACUUUCCACGCCUUACCAGCCAGAGAGACUUACAAAUACCUAAAAGCAGUUCUAACAGCCCAAGUGUCAAGAUAUCCUUACCAGACAGCAGCACUCAGCAAAUCGAUGUUUUGGAGCCUCAAAUUAUCCUCAGUGAUAACAUUUGGGAAGUGGCCAGUCGGGUUGACAAAGAUGUCCCUGAAAACAUAUGGGAAGUUGUUUCAAAAAUGCCGCCAGUCAACCAAAGAAGGCUCAUAGCCACAUCGUCCAGAGAGGUGGGUCUGUGGCGGCGCGAGUACGGCAGCCGACUGUGCGACCUGGACAUCGUGUCGGAGCGACAGCUCAUCCGACACGUCAUGUACCUCAUCAUUGGUGUAGAAACAACCUCCUUCCCAUUCAGCCAAGACUUCAGCUGUUUCUACGUCAAGGAAAACUUGGCUUUAGAAGGAGUGUCAGUGGCGCACCUUAAGGGCUACGUGAGGGACUUGUUGCUCAUCGGUACUUACUAUAAGCGUUUGUACCAGUUCGCGUUCAAUCACUCUGUGGAAGAUCAUUUUCGGAGCAAGGGACUUGUGUAUGAGGCAGCACGAGAAAUCGUAAGGAGAUACUUACUAAACUUCCGCCUAACUGCAACAGAGAUCUACGAGGAAUGCACCGGGAACACACAGAAGUGCUUACCCACACUACUGCAGAUACUGCACCAUAUGGAGCCGUUAAAAUACGAGAUAGAGACCGUUGCGUCUAUUUAUAAGAUGAUCAAUCAUGACUCAAAAACAACGAUACCGGCCGGCGCCGAGCUGAUGUCGUAUCUGUUCAACGAGAUAUCCCUCGUCACUCACACGAAAACGGCUGCCACGAUGUUCAGUGCGCUGUUUUCUGUAUGCCGUGUGUACUUUAGAUUCAUCGAGCGAUUCAUAUUCGAAGGCGAGCUAGACGACUGGUACAACGAGUUUUUCAUAAAGAAAGACGCUCAGUACGCGAACAGUCGUUCCAAACGCUACUGGGACAAAGGCUUCCAUAUAACGCAGAGCGUCGCUGUGCCGGAGUUUUUGAGGGUACUGGCGAAGUUGAUACUGCUCUGUGGCAAGUCUCUGAGGCUUCUUAAACUGUGUAAUCCAAACGAUCCCCUGGUCCUCCUCAUCUCAUCAGACCACCCCUCCAUAAAAUGCUGCGCGACCUUCGAAGCGCUCUCCCGGCAGCAGCAGCUGCUGGACGUAUACCGCACGCGCUGCCUGUUCGUGAGCGGCGAGCCCGUCACCUUCGAGCAGAUCCUGCUCAAGAAGGAGGCCGAGAAGAAAGCCUUCACCGAGAUGUCCGCCAUGAAGCAGGCUGAGACGCUUGAGAAGAUUGUUGCUGAACGCAAACGCCUAGCGCAACUCAUAGCGGCGGAGAAGCAGCAUUCUCUGCGCGUGCUCGAGGUAGCCAUGGCCGAGGCCAAGGAAGCCAAGACGAGGGCGAGGGAAAGAGAGAGGAACAGGUUCCGUGUCGAGAAACAACUCGAGAAGACGACGGAUGACGUCGAUGCCAAACUAAGGGAUGACGAAAGAAACAAAAUAAUGGAAUACUACUCGAAGUUGAACCUACAAGUCGAAAAGAGUAAAAUUCACACAGAAUGGAAAAUAAAACGACUGCAGCUCGACCAGAGUAGAAUGCAACUUCUCUCCACCGAAGAACGGAAUCUGAAGAGAGAAAAACUAGAACUAGAACACCAACAGAAAGAUAAAACUGAAAGUGCAAUAAUUGAAAAAGUAUCUGUGGAUGGAUCUGGUGAUGCGUGUGAACAAAGCGUUAAAGAUACAAAAUCCGCAGAAUCAAUUUCAGUUGAUGAUGAAUAUUUAACUGUGAAUGAUGAUACCUCAAAUCUUGACGAUGCUGAUAAACAUGAACCAGCCCUUGAUAAGAUUUCUACAUCGAUGACGGAAUCAACAUCAUCAAUAGUUAUGACAGAUCUCACGACACAAAAUCCGGAGUUUGACAAUAACAAAGCAAAAUCCAUGUCAUCUUCUGACGUUUUCAGUGCUAUAUGCAAUGCUGCUAAAAACAUAUUUAGUCUGCGGUCAUCUGAUGAUAAAGAAUGUGAUAAUAAGAAAGCGCUUGAUGCCCAAGGAAAUGUAGUCACUGAUGGUUUAACAACUAAAACGUCAAGUGAAGUAAUUGGCGCAAAUUUGGACAACAUCCAUGACAAUGAAGAGUAUCUCAAAAUGAGGGAAGAUGCCUUGAAGAACAAACAAAAAGUAAUGACAAAUGAAUUCGGACAGACUGACCAAGAAAACAAUAGAUUGAAAGCUGCUGUCCAAAAUACGCUUGACGAAGAAAAUAAUAUCAACACGGCUUUCGCUGAAGCUAAGCGCAAUAAACUUAAAGUUCUUGGAGCGGAAUUUGAUAUAAAACCGAAAGAAGAAAAACAAGCUGUAGCAGAACCGAGGACGGACGCUCAAAAGCAAGCGCUUAUAAACAAACAGAAGGUUCUAGGAGUUGAAUAUAACUUACCAGUGGAAAUAGUGAAACGAAAUGAACCAGCAAAUAAGGCUCAGGAAGAAGCUGUACUGAAUAGGGAUAAGAUGUUGGGUUCAGAUUUUGAUGCUCCGUCUUUAAGUGCCAGAAGAGAAAAAGGCGAGAGAGCUAGCUUGACACUGAAUUUGAAGCCUUACAGCGAGAUUUCAAUGGCUACGUACACUAUACCUACUCCCAGUAAUGCUGUCACACCUGGAGAAUUUCCACAAUUGGAUUUAGAAACGCCUACAACCGCCGACAUACCCUUAGGAGCAAUGACCAGCGAAGUAUUUACUCCCCGAAGCGAAACCGGCAAUAUAGAAUCAGCCAGAAUUCCUAGCGAUAAAGAAUUCUUACGAGCUGACGGUUUCGACUUCUCACUACUAGUGGACGAAGACGCAGAAUCUGAAGAACUGACUAUGUUAGAAAACGAUGAUUUCAACAAAUCGGUCAUAAGUAAUUCCAAUUAUCAGAAAACAGAUAAUUUAAAACCGAAAAGUAGCAUCUUCAAUUUGCUAGAAGGCACUUACAAUUUAGAUGACUUCGAUCCGUUCGGUACUAGAGACGUAAAGAAAUACACUAAAGACUAUUUCAAUAGUAAAAUGUCAUUAGACGCGUCGGACUCUUGUUACACACAUCCAGCAAUUAUCUUUGAGGAAACCAAGAAAAAGCCUUAUACGAAUAUAUUUGCAUCUAAUUUCGUCGAGGAUACAGAGCAAAUAACUUGCGAUAAUAUAGCGACUUUAACGGCCUGCUUGCAACGAUCUGUAAUGUUGCCUCUAACUUAUCAGUUAGAAGUUGUGAACAAUGCCAUAUUGACCCAUUUUCUGGUAAAUUUGGAUAUGUACGAGCAUUUGCGGAGUUUGAAAGAUUACUUUUUCCUUAUGGACGGGGAAUUUUCGAGUAGCAUUUGCAGGAAUUUGUUUACUAAGCUGACAAAGACGCUGAAUCCGCAAGAGUUGCUUAAUUUUUCAACGCUACACAAUAUUCUGGAUAAGGCACUUGGAUCUUCAAUUACACACGUCCACAAGUUCUCCGAAAACCUAUCGUUCACAAUAACCGAGUCCCCCCUGAGCUUCCAACACACAUCUCCCGACGUACUGCAAUGCCUGUCCCUGACAUACGCGGUGUCGUGGCCACUCAAUAUCAUAAUGUCGCAAGACGCGCUGCUGCGGUACGCCAAGGUGUUCCAGUUCUUGAUCAAGAUGAGGAGGAUAUUCUGGACGUUGGGUGAAGAUUUCCAGGCAUUGAAGCUAGCAGUGAAAGUAUCAAAACAACAGUCCCGUAAACUACUCGGGUCACCACAAUACAUCUCCAUCCAACUACACCGGCACAUAAUGUCGUCUUUCGUACGAGCGCUAGACAACUACAUAGUGACCACUUGUAUACUAAGCUCUUGGACGGAGUUCGAGAAUGAUCUGAAGAAAGCACGGACUUUGGAUGACUUGUAUGAUUGUCACGUCGUGUAUAUAAAGAAGGUGUUGUUUAGAUGUCUGUUGAACAACAGAUCGACGCCGGUUAUGAAACUGUUGAAUGAUAUAUUUACAGUUAUAUUGAAGUUUAGUCGGGUUCUGAAAGCUGGAAAAUGGCACCAAAAAGAACCGGAAGGCCCGUUCACCCACACCAGCUUCGCGCAGCUGGUCGAACUGUUCCACAUGUUUGAGAAACUCGCCAAGUACUUGCACAAGGUCAUCACCAAGCUCAUGGAGUGCGGCUACCAGAGGCAUUUAGCGGAACUGCUUAUCAUGGUUAACCUUAAUCAGUAUUAUGACUCUGAUAAGAAGGAUGAACAGAAUUGUAGUAUAGUUUCUAACACGUAAUUCAGCGUUGUGAACCUGAUGAGUACAGUUACCAGGCUGCCUAGCCGAGGUGACGAUCGCUGGUGCU